CGCUCUGGUGAUUAUUUGACUGCAAAUGCGCGUUCCGCCAUCGGCAGGGCGCAUGCUCGUUCGCCAUCAUUCAUCCGAUCACGCUCGAUAUCGCUGCCUUGUCAUUCAAGCUAUUUAAUCCUCGUUUCAAACAGUGCGAAUUUUAUCGUUUCACGUGUCUUCCUCUUUGGUACCGCGAAUAAGAGAUACAACGACUUUGGGUGCCGCUCAUCGAAUCGAUGUCUGGGUCUGGAUCCAGCAGGAUCCAGAGAGAGAGAGAGAGAGAGAAUCCAGAUCUCGCCGUUAUCUACCGAUAUGGAAGGAUACCGCGGUAGCGGGGCAUAUCUUGCGGUCGUCGCUGGCGUUUUCGCGACCAGUGGCAGCCUCCUGGGUAAGCUCGCCGGCGCUAACGACGCAUCGUCAUUGGCGCAGUUACUACUAAAAGGAGCACUUCUGGUCUUUAUGAUCGUGUGCAACACCGUGGGAUGCACAUUUUUUGUCAAAGCGCUUCAUGGCAGCGGAUCUUCUUUGCCGGUGACGGUCGCCAGCGCAGCUACAAACUAUGUUUGUUCAGCUUUUGUAGGCUUCAUCGUGUUUGACGAAUCUACAUCGCUGGUCUGGUGGUGCGGAACUUCCUUGGUACUUCUCGGCUUGAUUUUAAUAUGUUACGUUCCCGCUGAGAAGGAUAUUUUCAUCAUCGAGAAGAAAUUAAAGAAUCAAUAAUCAGCAGCAGGCGCUUUUAUAUUAAAAGCGGUGAUGUUACAACAGUACGAUUUACUUCUACUUUUCUAUUGCAGAUAUCUAUUAUGUGCUCUUAUCGAAAAUUUACUAUAUCGUUGAAGGAUAAACUGUAAUGAUGAAUUCCUAUGUCUAAGAUUAAAAUAUUAGCGGAGAUUAAUUGGAUGCUAUUUAAAUGAUGUAUUAUAAUGAUAUAAUGUACAAUAUAUGUACAUAUAUGUACACACACAAUUAAUAUAUAAUUAUUAUACAUAUACUUUAGGACUUUAGACUUUUUACUAGAAUUAUUUGGUAAUAAGUUUAUUAUAAAUAAAAUUUUUUCUAUACUUUU